AUGAAAGGAGAGUACCCUUCAAUGAAUCAACAAGAAUCACGUUUUAGACGAGAGAAGUCUAGGACAUUCACCAGAAUGCGCCAAGAGCCAACCGAAACCUUCAUUGAGCGACCGGGAGAACCACUGAUGACUCUGCUUCUCCGAGGGUAUUUGAGGCCCAGAAGGAACGACACCUCACUUCACUGCCGAUGUACUCUUGAUCAGUUCACUUAUCGUACCCUCGAGAGUGCUCAGGAAAGGAAUGACAAUCAGGUUAUGCUGAAGUGGAGUAGGAAACACCGCCACAAUAUAAACUCCUCCAAAUAUCCUCUACUUAUGGUAGACCAACUCUGGCUAUGGAUUCUGGACGACAAAGAUAACACAGUUGUCACAUGCUGUCCUGAUUCCGACUCCGAUCAUCCGACAACGAACGGUAGCCUUUUGUAUCACAUGCGAGCGAGGCUCAAGUCGAAAAACAGCCGUCCCCUCAUUCAAUCUCGGCUGGAAUUGGCACAUUUGAUCAUCAAGUGCAGGGUCACGUUUCUGCGCCGGCAGGGACCCCUGCAUGCCUCACUUCAAGAAACAUUUGAGACCAGUAUAAACGAGAUUGUACGUCUUCGUCAAAACAUCAUCAUAAGACGAGAGAAACUCAAACUUACCGACAAACUCUUUGAGCUUACCAAGGAAACUGCCCUUGUGGCUAACAUCAUGGAUAUCCAAAAUAAACUCAAGACAAUCAGGAGUGUUUUUCUCGCCCAACACGAAGCCAUCAGGUAG